UUGCCAAAAUUUAGUGGUCGUUUCACACACACACUCUCCCUCUCUCUCCUCUCUCCUCUCUCCUCUCUCAUCAAUCAUGCCGACCCCGUUUCCUUUAUAACCCCCAGACCCAACGCCCCUCCUCUCUCUAAUCUAAAACCGAAACCCCCCCAAAAAAAAUUUAGAGAGAGAGAGAGAGAGAGAGAGAGAGAGAGAGAUAUGGAGCAAUCCGACUCCAAUUCCUCUUCUUUCUCCAGCCUCAAAUCUUACUUCCACGCCCUGGCCCAAACCCCACGCCGGUUCGCUCACCGCGCCGGUUCAGUCGCCACCACCUUCGACGAGAUGAGUCGGGUCCGUGCCCGAUCCGGGCCCGACAUGGCCAAAACCCUUACCUGGGUCGAUCUCGUUGGCUUCGGCAUCGGCGGCCAUGGCGGGCCGGGUCUUCCUCACAGCGAGCGCGCCGCCCGAGACUUCGCAGGGCCUGCGGUCGUCGUUUCUUACGCCAUUGCUGGGCUCUGCGCGCUUCUGUCGGCGUUUUGUUACACGGAGUUCGCCGUUGAUAUGCCUGUUGCUGGCGGUGCUUUCAGCUACCUUAGAGUUACCUUCGGGGAAUUUGCGGCUUUUAUAACGGGUGCGAAUCUGAUAAUGGACUACGUGUUCUCCAACGCCGCCGUUGCCAGAGGUUUCACCGCCGUAUCUCGGACCGCCAUCGCAAUCGACACGCUAUCCAAGUGGCGGUUCACGUCGUCGCGCCCCUCACCGGCAGGUUUCAACCAGAUCGAUUUGUCGCCCGCCGCCGUUGUCGCCGUCUCCGUUUGCAUCUGCUACAGUACCAAGGAGAGCUCGCUCCUAAACAUGGUACUAACGGCGCUCCACAUAGCCUUCAUCCUCUUCAUAAUCCUGAUGGGAUUCUGGCGAGGUGACGUCAGCAACUUCACUCACCCAGCGGACCCCACCAGGAAUCCGGGGGGAUUCCUCCCCUACGGGGCCUCGGGUGUAUUCUACGGUGCAGCUACGGUGUAUCUCAGCUAUAUCGGGUACGACGCGGUUUCGACGAUGGCGGAGGAGGUUAAGAACCCGACCCGGGAUAUUCCGAUUGGGGUUUCGGGUUCUGUUGUGAUUGUGACGGUUCUUUAUUGCUUGAUGGCUGCUUCCAUGUCCAUGCUCGUACCCUACGAUGCGAUCGACGUCAACUCUCCGUUCUCUGCGGCCUUCAAGUCCUCCAACUGGGCCUGGGCCUCCAACGUGAUCGGCGUCGGCGCUAGCUUCGGCAUCCUCACUUACGCCUCAUCGUCUCAAUGCCUGGGCCAGAGCGCUAACCUCUGCGUCAUAGCCCGGGACGAACACAUCCCCUCCUGCCUCGCCAAAGAGACUGGCGGAGGAGGCCGAGGAGCCGGAGUUCUGGGAGUGCCGAUGAUGCCGUGGAUACCGGCGGUGUCCAUAUUUUUGAAAUGUGUUCUGUUGGGGUCGAUGGAUGGGGCAUCUUAUGCCAGGUUCGGGUUUUUUACGGUGGUGGCCGUUUUGGUGUAUGUUUUGUAUAGUGUGCAUGCCAGUUUUGAUGCGGAGGUGGAGAGUGCCGAGGACUUGGAAGCUGAAGGGGGUCUUGUGAAAGGGCAACAGUAGCGAUGGGCUAUAUGUUUUUGUUUUUGUUUUUUGUUUUUUUGUUUGUUAAUUUUCUUUGUUUAGGAAAAAAAUGUUGGUGAAAAAGGUUUGUUGCAAGGAUGGGAGGAAAAGGGAGGAAAUUGUGAUUUCUACUUGGCAAAAGUGCCAAAAGGAAAUUGAAGAAAAAGAGGAAUCAGUUUAACAAAAAUAUGACUUUACACUGAGAAUGAAAAGGACAAGAUAGGCUUAUGUAUUGAAUUCGUUAACAUUGUCUUGUA